UCGAUAUCACGCUUUAGAACCCACCUCCUAUUCUCUUCGUAGUUCAAAGUUUGGAUAUUCACUUUAAUUAGGAACUGCAUCCUAUCUACAAUGACGAUCACCUCACAUGUUAUUACAUGCAAAGCUGCGAUAUGCUGGGGUGUAGGGAAGCCUCUGACAGUGGAAGAGAUACAAAUAGACCCACCAAAAGCCACUGAAGUUCGAGUUAAGAUGCUUUGUGCCAGUGUAUGCCACACAGACAUCUCAAGCACUCAAGGGUUCCCACAUGCCAAUUUUCCUAUAGCACUUGGACACGAAGGAGUUGGUGUUGUAGAGAGUGUCGGUGAUCAAGUGAAAAAUCUGAAACAAGGGGAUGUAGUAAUUCCAACAUACAUAGGUGAAUGCCAAGAAUGUGAAAACUGUGUUUCAGGCGAAUCCAAUUUGUGUUUCACAUACCCUAUAAGAUUGACUGGUCUAAUGCCAGAUAACACUUCAAGGAUGUCCAUUAGAGGCCAGAGGCUACACCAUGUUUUAAGUUGCGCAACAUGGUCAGAGUACAUGGUUAUUGAUUCCAACUACAUUCUCAAGGUUGAUUCAAGGAUUGAUCCAGCCCAUGCCAGUUUCAUCUCAUGUGGGUUUUCAACUGGUUUUGGAGCUGCUUGGAGGGAAGCCAAGGUUAAAAGUGGAUCAAGUGUAGCUGUUUUCGGUCUUGGGGCUGUAGGAUUAGGGGCUGUAAGCGGAGCCAAGAUGCAAGGAGCAACUAAGAUAAUUGGAAUUGACAAAAAUGAAAUGAAGAGAGAAAAAGGAGAAGCUUUUGGAAUAACUGACUAUAUAAAUCCUGCUGAUUCAGAUAAGUCUGUUUCAGAAUUGGUGAAGGAACUGAGCGGUGGAAUGGGUGUGGACUAUUCCUUUGAGUGCACUGGAGUUGCCCCUUUACUUACUGAGUCCUUGGAAGCCACAAAAAUGGGAAAGGGUAAAACAAUAGCAAUUGGUACAGGAACUGAGCCAAUUGUGCCGCUUGGUCUUGCUAGCAUCAUGUAUGGUAGAACUCUGAAAGGUUCCGUUUUUGGAGGGCUAAAAGCCAUUUCGGACCUGUCAAUCACAGCUAAUAAAUGCCAGAAAGAGGAAUUCCCUCUUCAAGAACUACUCACACAUGAGGUCGCAUUGGCAGAUAUAAACAAAGCAUUUGAGCUAUUGAAACAACGCAAUUGUGUGAAAGUUGUCAUCAAGAUAUCGUAUUAGCAAUUGUAUUCA